AUGGCAGCACUGCUCGAUCAAAGGCCAACAGGACAGGUUACCAGCAGCUGGGAUGAUCAGCAACCUAAAUCGACACAGAUUGUCAAGGCCGUUGCAGCCGUCACCGCCGGAGGCUCACUCUUGCUCUUCUCCGGCCUGACUCUUGCCGGAACCGUGGUUGCCCUAGCUCUGGCCACCCCUCUGAUGGUCAUCUUCAGUCCGGUUUUAGUUCCGGCAACAAUCACACUUUUCAUGAUCAUAGCUGGGUUCAUGAUUUCUGGUGGAUUUGGGUUGUCUUCUUUGACAGUCUUUGCUUGGAUGGUUAGGUAUCUCACCGGAAAGAAACCGCUCGGCGCCGGUCAACUUGAUUAUGCCCGGUCUAAGAUAGCUGGUAAGGCACGUGAGAUGAAGGAGAAAGCAGAACAGUACACUGGUUCUAAUUAGUCACGUGACUUCU